AUGGGAAGAUUCAGAUGGAAUAUUCAAUGGCAAGAUUCAGGUGGAAAAUUCAAUGGCAAGAUUCAGGUGGAAAAGUCAAUGGCAAGAUUCAGGUGGAAAAUUGCAUGGCAAGAUUCAGGUUGGAAAUUCAAUGGCAAGAUUCAGGUGGAAAAUUGCAUGCCAAGAUUCAGGUUGGAAAUUCAAUGGCAAGAUUCAGGUAGAAAAUUCAAUGGCAAGAUUCAGGUGGAAAAUUCAAUGGCAAGAUUCAGGUGGAAAAUUCAAUGCCAAGAUUCAGGUGGAAAAUUCAAUGGCAAGAUUCAGGUGGAAAAUUGCAUGGCAAAAUUCAGGUUGGAAAUUCAAUGGCUAGAUUCAGGUAGAAAAUUCAAUGGCAAGAUUCAGGUGGAAAAUUCAAUGGCAAGAUUCAGGUGGAAAAUUCAAUGGCAAGAUUCAGGUGGAAAAGUCAAUGGCAAGAUUCAUGUGGAAAAUUGCAUGGCAAGAUUCAGGUUGGAAAUUCAAUGGCAAGAUUCAGGUGGAAAAUUGCAUGGCAAGAUUCAGGUUGGAAAUUCAAAGGCAAGAUUCAGGUAG